UCUAACCUUUUUUUGAUCGAAGAAAAAUCCUUAGAUCGAUCGCUUAAAAUCGGUCAAAUCGUUUGUUCGAUCCUUCGAAUUCAGUAUUUGAAUUCGAAGGAUUUAAAUUCGAGGGUCGAAUUUGAGGGUUUAUUAACCCUUGAUAUUCGACCAUUUAUAAAUGUGCCCCACUAGUAUAGAAAGGAGACAUUAGGUAGAGGUGUAGGAAGGGGGCAUUUGAGAGAAAAGUGGAAAUGAGACAUUGGAUAGAGGUGUAGAAAGGAGACAUUAGGUAGAAGUGUAAAAAGGGAACAUUUGGGGGAAAAGUGGAAAGGAAACAUUGGGUAGAGGUGCAUAAAAGAGAUAUUGGGGAGACGUGGAAAGGAGACUUUAGAGAAAGCUGCGGAAAGGAGACAUUAGGAAGACCUUUGCAAAGAAGACAUUGAGAUGAUGUAUAGAAAGCUAGUGGAGGGACAAUGUAGAAGUUGUUGUUGGGACAAAUGUGGGAUCAGCAAGGUAUAAAUAUAAAUAAGGGAGGGGUGCAGUUGGGAAAAUGUAGAAGAUGGCAUUGUGGAAAGAAGGAAUCAUUGGAGAGGGGUGUAGGAAGUACAAGGCCUUCCCAGGGGCAAGGUGCAUGAGGAACAAGUGUGUGGGAUGACGAGGAGAGGCUUCUGGCACCUACAUAGUUGUCUACCUGGUCUAAACAUGAAUGUCCUUGGCACUUACACCAAGUGUUGGACUGUGAUUUAUCACUGAGGUAAAUGAAGAUGUGGAUUUUGGCGAAGGUGCCUAUAGUAACAGUGGGAUAAUAGUCUCUGGGAAGGGAGUGUGACUGUGGGAUAGCAGGUAUAGUAGGGAGAGAUGGGGCUGUGUCGGUCCUGUCUCUAUCCUUUUUGAACCUUGUUACUAAUAAUAUACAAUCAUAUAAUUAUAGAUAUAUAAUUAUAUAUGCAAUUGUACCCUUGGCCUUAGGUUAGCCUGGUUACACAUCUUACUGUUCCUUUCAUUUAAACCCGGCCUCGGCCUGUUUGAGAUGAAGAGUUAAUUGCUGCUACAAGUUGAGCUGCAGGCGGAUGUGGGCACAGGCAGGUUCUGGUUGUGUAAAGCAGGUUACUUAACUGCAGAAAAUCCGUUAGGACACAGAGAUCACGCAACCCCAGGGUGAUGAAUGUUGGGAGGUGGGACGGAGGCUACAGCGUUCUCUUCCACUGAUAAUAAAAGACUGAGGUGCCCCCAAGCCUGGCACUAGUGUUCUACAGAGGAACCAUGAUUGGGUGGGUGCAGAGCUUUCUCCUCUUGGUGGCUGCCAUCCUUUCCUCUGCUGAGGAUACCUGCCCAGAUGUGAAAGUCAUUGGAGUGGGGGCUUCCGACAAGCUGACCAUUCUGCGAGGGUGUCCCGGGAUCCCAGGAGUACCGGGGCCCCAAGGGCCCAGUGGACCUGCAGGAGCAAAAGGAGAGAAGGGGUUCCCAGGAAUUCCAGGGAAGAUGGGACCCACUGGGCUGAAAGGAGAAAGGGGGAUAUCUGGGCCAAAAGGACAAAAGGGUGACAAGGGGGACCCCGGAAUCCCAGUUGUGGGAGUGGCACAGAACUGUAAGGAAUGGCUUGACCAAGGAGCUUCAAUCAGCGGCUGGUACACUAUAUACACCACCAAUGGGCUUUCCCUCACUGUACUCUGUGAUAUGGAAACCGACGGAGGGGGGUGGAUAGUGUUCCAGAGACGCAUGGAUGGCUCGGUGGAUUUUUUCCAAGACUGGAUUUCAUAUAAGAGAGGUUUUGGCCGACAAGACAGUGAGUUUUGGUUGGGGAAUAAUAAUCUCCAUCUCCUCACAGUAACAGGGAGUUUCCAGCUGCGGGUGGAUCUGACAGAUUUUGACAACAAUCGCACUUCUGCCUCAUACAGCAACUUCCGCAUCGCCGCAGAGGCUCAGAACUACACCCUGAGUCUGGGCACUUUCACUGGAGGAGACGCAGGUGACUCCUUGUAUGGCCACAAAAACAAGGGAUUCAGCACCAAGGACAGAGACAACGACUCUUCCCCCGCCAGCUGCGCAGAGAGGUACAGGGGCGCAUGGUGGUACACCUCCUGCCACUCAUCCAACCUGAAUGGACUCUACCUGCGGGGCAAUCACAGCAGCUUUGCCAAUGGGGUUAACUGGAAAUCAGGCAGGGGGUACAAAUACUCCUACAAGGUAUCAGAAAUUAAGUUUCGUCCCCAGCCCUAAUGAGAUUCCUGGGAAACCAUAGGAAAGAGUAACGGGAAACAUUCAUCUGCAGGAACAAUACAACCUACUUCCCCUUUAACUAAGGGCAGGGUCUGCAACUCAACCUGAGCAGCUGCUGCUGUGCCUCUGGGAAAUGGAGAUUUAAUUCUCUGCUGAUGAAAAGCUUUUGAUCUUGGGGAUAUUAUUGGCUGUACUUAUAUGGAGUAAAUUGCCCUGUUCUAGAAACCCAUAGCAACCAAUAAAUGCUCCCUGCUGAUUGGCUGGUAAAGGUUACUAGACCUGUACCAAAUGUUGAACAUUAUGUGUGUUAUUAUUAUCAUUAGUAUUAUGUGUUUCCAGCCCAGUCAUCAUCAUUUAUAAACUUUCCUUAAUGGAUUUUCUCUGUUUCCAAAUUAUAAAUAAAUUUUUUCAU